AGGGGGGGAUGCUGCUUUUCUCGCAGGAGACCCACUAGCAGCAGCGAUCUCAGAUACUGUUGGCUGACUGAGCUGGAGCUCCCUGCUGCAAGGGGCGAUGAAAAAAGGCCAGUCUGCGCAAGCAGAAUCAAAAGCACUGAGCAGGACUCUACCCAUAAGGUUCCCUGUAGGCAUGUGUUUUUGUGGCCGCUGUUGCUUUAUGAACUCUUACUGUCACUUGUUUCUCACAGCAGCACGCCUCUUCCUGUGUUGCCUGACAACCACUCACUGCCCCUGAGAAGGAGGGGAGCCGGCUUGCUCACGCAGCACGCACAGCCGGGGGGGUGAGAGGGGUGAAACUCUGCCACUGAGAUUGGCCUCUAACGUGCCCAUCUAUGAAAAUGAUCAAGAAAUUUGACAAGAAGGACGAGGAAUCCGCAGCACGCCUCUUCCUGUGUUGCCUGACAACCACUCACUGCCCCUGAGAAGGAGGGGAGCCGGCUUGCUCACGCAGCACGCACAGCCGGGGGGGGUGAGAGGGGUGAAACUCUGCCACUGAGAUUGGCCUCUAACGUGCCCAUCUAUGAAAAUGAUCAAGAAAUUUGACAAGAAGGACGAGGAAUCCGGAAUUGGGUCCAAUCCUUUCCAGCAUUUGGAAAAGAGUGCGGUUCUACAGGAGGCUCGGUUAUUCAAUGAGACGCCCAUCAAUCCUAGAAGAUGUCUUCAUAUUUUAACCAAGAUUUUGUACUUGCUGAACCAGGGUGAACACUUCGGUACAAUGGAAGCCACUGAAGCAUUUUUUGCCAUGACCCGUUUAUUUCAGUCCAACGAUCAAACUCUACGGAGGAUGUGCUACCUUACUAUCAAGGAAAUGGCCAAUAUCUCUGAAGAUGUUAUUAUAGUCACUAGCAGUCUGACUAAGGACAUGACUGGCAAAGAAGAUGUGUAUCGCGGGCCUGCCAUCCGAGCACUGUGCAGGAUAACUGACGCCACGAUGCUUCAAGGGAUAGAGCGAUAUAUGAAACAAGCCAUCGUAGAUAAAGUUUCCAGUGUUUCCAGCUCAGCACUGGUAUCUUCCUUGCAUAUGACAAAAAUUAGCUAUGACGUAGUAAAACGCUGGAUUAAUGAGGCUCAAGAAGCAGCAUCUAGUGACAACAUUAUGGUACAGUAUCAUGCCCUGGGACUCCUCUACAACCUAAGGAAGAAUGAUCGUCUUGCAGUUUCCAAAAUGCUAAACAAAUUUACCAAAUCUGGUUUGAAAUCUCCAUUUGCUUACUGCAUGCUAAUCCGAAUAGCUAGCCGACUGCUGGAAGAGUCUGAAGAAGGGCACAACAGCCCUCUGUUCGAUUUUAUUGAGAGCUGUCUUCGAAACAAACAUGAAAUGGUAAUUUAUGAAGCUGCCUCUGCCAUUAUCCACCUACCUAACUGCACAGCAAGAGAGCUGGCCCCUGCUGUAUCAGUCCUGCAGCUUUUCUGUAGUUCUCCCAAACCUGCCCUGAGGUAUGCUGCAGUAAGGACACUUAACAAGGUUGCAAUGAAACAUCCAUCUGCAGUUACUGCAUGUAACCUAGACCUUGAAAAUUUGAUCACAGAUUCCAACCGCAGUAUUGCCACGCUGGCCAUCACAACACUGCUGAAAACCGGCAGCGAAAGCAGUGUUGAUCGACUAAUGAAACAAAUCUCCACCUUUGUCUCUGAGAUCUCAGAUGAGUUUAAAGUGGUAGUUGUACAAGCAAUCAGUGCCUUAUGUCAGAAGUACCCACGCAAGCACAGCGUAAUGAUGACGUUCCUUUCCAACAUGCUCAGGGAUGACGGAGGUUUUGAAUACAAGCGUGCCAUUGUGGACUGCAUUAUUAGCAUCAUAGAAGAGAACCCAGACAGCAAAGAAUCUGGCCUUGCUCACCUGUGUGAAUUUAUUGAGGACUGUGAGCACACAGUUCUGGCUACCAAGAUUCUGCAUCUUUUGGGAAGAGAAGGGCCAAAAACACCCACACCCUCCAAGUACAUUCGUUUCAUCUUUAACAGGGUGGUAUUAGAGAAUGAAGCCGUCAGAGCAGCGGCGGUCAGUGCUUUGGCUAAAUUUGGUGCCCAAAACGAACCUCUUCUACCAAGUGUUUUGGUACUUCUUCAAAGGUGCAUGAUGGACAGUGAUGAUGAGGUGCGAGACAGAGCAACAUUUUACUUCAAUGUAUUAAACCAAAACCAACUAGCACUUAAUACUGCCUACAUUUUCAAUGGUCUUACAGUUUCUGUUUUUGGAAUGGAGAAAGCCCUACACCAAUAUACACUGGAACCUUCAGAGAAACCCUUUGAUAUGAAGACUGUUCCUCUUGCCACUGUGCCCUUUUUGGAACAGAAGACUGAUCUUGCACCUAUUGCUACCAAACAGCCUGAGAAAAUGGUACCUGUCAGACAAGACAUCUUCCAAGACCAAUUAGCUGCCAUUCCGGAAUUUAAGAACCUGGGGCCCUUGUUUAAGUCUUCCGAGCCCGUGCAGCUUACUGAAGCGGAGACUGAAUAUUUUGUAAGAUGCAUCAAGCAUGUAUUUCCAAAUCAUAUUGUGUUCCAGUUUGAUUGCACAAAUACACUAAAUGAUCAGCUCUUAGAGAAGGUGACAGUGCAGAUGGAGCCAUCAGAAGCUUAUGAAGUGGUACAUUAUGUCCCAGCUCCAAGCCUUCCAUAUAACCAACCUGGCAUUAGUUAUACACUUGUCAGGCUUCCCGAUGAUGAUCCUACUGCAGUGUCCUGUACAUUCAGUUGCACAAUGAAGUUUGUGGUCAGAGAUUGUGACCCCCAGACUGGUGUUCCUGAUGAUGAAGGUUACAGUGAUGAAUAUGUGCUUGAAGACCUAGAGGUGACUCUGUCAGACCAUAUUCAGAAAAUACUGAAGCCAAAUUUUGGAGCAGCAUGGGAAGAAAUUGGUGAUACAUAUGAGAAAGAAGAAACAUUUGCCCUUACUACAACAAAGAGCCUAGAAGAGGCUGUUAACAACAUAAUUAAAUUCCUGGGGAUGCAGCCAUGUGAGAGGUCUGACAAGGUGCCAGAAAACAAGAACUCACACGUGCUAUACUUGUCAGGGGUUUACAGAGGAGGUCAUGAUGUGCUUGUGAGAUCCAGACUCGCCCUAGCUGAUGGGGUUACCAUGCAAGUUACUGUCAGGAGCCAAGAUGAAACUCCAGCAAAUGUCAUUCUGGUCUCAGUGGGCUAAGUCAUUCCUUUGUCAAAGCAGAACUUUCUCCUGCCCACUGUACAAACAAACAUUUCUUCUACAAACACAUUUCUUCUUUCUGCCAUCUGAAGUGUCAGAAAAUGUCCCGAACCUUUCUCUUCUAUGAAAAGAACUUUUGAUUGGGCAGCCUGCAGUAGAAAUACAUAGAGGGCUUUCUUGCAGACUACGGGUUGAAGUUGUUGAAAGUAGAAUGUAGUCCAUUCCAAUGUGUUGUGUUAUGUUAAGCAUAGAAAUACAUGUUUGCACUCUGACAUUCAUAACAAUGGUCAUAUAUUCAUAAUAAUGGAUAUAAGUAGAGAAUAAUCACAUUCAUUUAAAUUAUACUACUGACCUUGCUGCAUUCAUUUCACACCAGACUCCUGUUUAUGGUUCUUUGCAUUCGCUAAAAGUGAAGGUCAAUAAGCUUUAACAUUAAGAGUGCAAAACCAUGCUUUCCCCAGUGCAUUAGUUACUGUAUUUUAGACCAAAAUAAAAUAUGUGACCCUGAAUAUUUGCAACCACAGAAUAUCAUUCUUGUAGCGAUGUUUGUAAUUUAAACAAAUCUUUGCAGUCUCAGUUGCUCUAGACUUGUUUUGACAAUAAAACUGAAAACAUUUUGGGUCCAAA